GAUACUGAACCAAAACAGUGUGAUAACAGAGCUCGAGAUGGCGCGAGACAAGUUACUCGGGGAACUCCAGUCAGCCGAGGCUCGACUGAAAGUGGGAGAGAAGAGUGGCCAAGAAUUGACAGAGGAGUACGCCACACUCAAGAAGAACUACCUGGCUCUGGUUGAGGCCCAUGACAAAGAGCUCGCUCAAAGCGAGGAGCUGAGUGCCGAGUUGCUGGCCUUGGCCCAAGCUCAGGACGUCCUCCGCAGACAGCUGGAGGAGCAGCAGCAGAGUGUUAAGAAUACCACCCAGGGCCUUCACAGAGAGCUGGACAGGGUGCGGGCCUUAAUCAGCCGCAUGUCACAUAACAGAGUUAAGCCCGAGGAUCUGGCAGCUUUGGACAAGGAGCAAAAAACUAUAGAAAAAACUCUACUUGGAAACCAAGAUGAGAUCAAAGACAUGCUGGAGAAAAUGAAGAACAGCUACAAGGAGCAGCAGAAGAAACUAGAAGAGCAAGUGGAGGCCAUGGGUAAAGAGCACCAGGAGAACAAGAGAGCAAUCCAUAAUAGUCAGCAGAAGCUAUCAGAGCAGAGUGCGGCCCUCAUGUGCUCUCAGAGCCAAGUGAAGGAGGUAGAAGAAGAGAACUCAAAGCUGCAGCUGCAAGUCAAAGAGCUUAAUGAGGAAUACCGCACAAGACUGGUGUGUUAUUUACAGGACUUAGCUGAUUACAUCGAUGCAUGUGGAGAAAAUAAAACCCCUUCAGAGGGAAGUAAGAUGAAGGUGUUUGUGGACGACAUGCUGCAAGAUGUUCGUUCAUCCUACAGGGUCAGAGAGGAGCAGCUCGCCUCUGCUGCUCGCUCCUAUAAGAAGAGACUACAAAAGAUCACCAAGACCCAUCACGCCCUACUUAUUGCAUACAGGGUUCAGAGGGAACAGAUUUUGGCCAAACCAGAGAGCGGUCUGGACUCUGGACCCCCAGAAGCCCGCUUCAGCCUGGAUCCCAGUGAGCUAAGAGAUGAAACUGAGAAGGAGCUCCAGCACCUUUGGCAGGACAAGGCAAGGCUGGAGGGUCAGCUGCAGGUGGCCCGAGAGCAGGUGGCUGUCCUCAAAAUGCCAGUUCAAACUCUAAGUCAUCAGGAGCCGGCAAAACUGGAGCAGAUAAGCGAGGAAUCCUGGCUGGACAUACAGAAACAGCUGAAGGAGAUCAUAGACUCUACACUGGGGAGCUCUGAGAAGGAGCGCGCUCUCCUCAUCACCAGAGCUACAGUUGCAGAAGCGCAGGUGUCGGAGUUGCAGGAGUAUAUUGACAACCACCUGGGCAGGUAUAAACAGGAGAUCGCACAUCUCCGCAGGCUGCAUGGGAUAGAGGAGGCUGAGCGCUCCCAAAGUGCUCGUUCAUCACUCAGUUAAAAAACUCUGGCAACGAAAUCUGUACUCAAAUAUUAUUUAAACUAUAGUUUUAACCUCACAUAUAAGCUGAAAAUGAGAACAUAUGGUCUUAAACAUUUAUUUCUGUAAAAUCAUACUUCAACAAAUCAAAUCGGUAAGUGUAAGCUGUUUAUAAUCAAUCUUUUUUAAAUGGAUUCUCCAUAUAAAUCAUAAAAACAUGAUGUUUGGGAAUUGUCCAGGCACUAGGGGGUGCUGCUCAUUCUAGUGCUUUUCUCUAUGAAAGGCCCCCAAAGAAAUCUGGCCUUGAGAAAAAAAUGCCUGGAAUGUUUGUAAAGCUUAUGUCAAUUUCACGAGCUCGGGAGAAGAAAGCGUGGUGACAAUGAGGGGUCACCCUGGUGAGAAUAAUGUCAUUACACGUUACCCAGACACAUACACACCCGUGGAUACUCUCCCCUCAAUGCCGUGCUGUGAGCUGUGGCGCAAACAAGCCAGCCUUCUCCAGAAAGAGGAUUUAUAUAUAUAUUUAUAACCUCAGUGUUGUUGUGAAUACGCAUACAUUCCCUUUAAAUCCCUUUAACGGUGAAAGAGUCUGCAUUUUUUUUUCCUAGUGUGUUGGGUGGUUGGGUUCAUGCCAUAGUUCACAGCUGACAUAGCUUUAAAAGCGGAUGGUCCUUUUAAACGUGUAAUUAAUUGAAAAGUUUAGUUAAAAAGUGUCAAAUCAACUCUUAUGGUGAAAAAAACAAAAAUCUUGAAAUUAAAAUACUCUGGGGAAUGCUGGGAAAAAAUAGAGGAGAGGGAAAGAGUCAUAUGCAUGUCACCCCAAUCCCCUUUUCAGGGGGCAUGCCAGCCAUGGGAGAGGGGGAGCAGGGGUGUGAAAGUUUGAGAGGAAUGGGAAGUGGGAUUUUGUUGGUAAUGUAUUACACUCCCAGGGCCCUGGGAAAAGGGGUGGGGGGUGUUCAGCUUGGGUUUGUGCCAACAUAGUCACUGUGCCAAAGCGCUGGGUGCUGGGGACCACUCCUCUCACCGGUGGAUCUGUGGGAAAAUCAAAACCAGGUUGUUCUUUGCUGCUCCGCCAACAAAGACAGAGAGUGUCUGCAGAGGCUUCUGCAAACUUGUACAAAUGAAAUGUACUCUGAGUAAACAAAAGGCAGUCAGGGCAGUAGUAGAAACUGUCACAGACGCAUCGAGUAAAAGUUGAAGUUUGCUGCAGCACAGCUGGUCCUUGAGGCAAAGUGCCAAGUUUUUUCUCCAACUUGGGCAUUUUGGAAAAGUUGACUUCUUGGACUGUGAACAACUAUUUACUGACCACUGUAUGUGGUCACUAUUAUGAUGUAAAUAAUCAUCAUAAUAAUGUGGUGACAAAAAAACUCCAGUUUGAUUUUGGUUUAAAGCUUUAAAGAUGUUGAAAAUAUGACAAAGAUUAGUUUGUUUUUUUUAAAAAAGAUCCCAAAAAAAGAAGCAGUGGCUGAUAUCAUCUGCAGUUACUGUAAGAUGAAACAUUUGUGCCCAACAUGCUGCAGGGUCAAGUGGCUUUUGAUAAAUACACUUAUAAAUUUAUCUUAAUAAAAUCUUAAUAAUAACAAUCAGAUUCAUUCAGUCAAUUCACUUUUCUUAACCAAAAUGUGGACAAUGCCUCCACUUCCAAUGUCAUACAUCAACCAAACCUCAAAAAUUGCUUACGAUAAAUCAGUCUGAGUGAAACAAUGAUUGAGUCACAAGUUCUUACUUGUUCAUGUGUUGAAUGUCAGCUCAGAAGGAGAAAGAGUUAAAACUCAUCAUCCUCUGUCCUCCUCUGUCAGUUUCACUCCAGUUUCAAACCAGCAACAGCAUCAUUUAAUCAGUGUGAUAAGCAGCUUGUCUGUCCAGUUGACCAGUUCAUCAUAUUUUAUUCACAUCCUAUUGUUUCACCCUAAUGAGUAUUAAUUUAUCAGUUCAAGAUGAAUGCCAGUCACAGUUGACUGUCACAUGAGGUUUCCUCCUAAUCCUCUCAUAGCUUCAUUUAAAUCAUUAAAAUAAGCAUUUCUUACUAUUUUAGUAUUUAAACUGCUGCGUAAAUUUAGCCUCUGUAUUGAUGAGCUCAAUGGCUGCCUGGAGUAAAGCACAUUAAGAUAAGGUGUGAAGUUGCCAAUUAUUGAUCAUUACAAUGAUGGUUUUAAUGUCUUACGUCUGGUCUUUGGUGAACCAGGGAGUUGCAUUUGGUUCUUCAAUGUAAUGUAAUCUACAACACUUAAAAAAACACAGCCUCAGAUAUUACCAUGGAGUUCAUUUACUGAACAUUAUACAGUAAGUUUCACAAAGGAAGCAUGCAGGACUCUUCCACUGGAUUGUGUAAUAUCGUAGAGGUGUUGCUGCAUUCACCAUCAGUAGUGAAUAGUCCAGCACUCAGUUUCAUUUUAGCCUAUAUUAGCAAGAUAAAAGUCACUUGCAUUACAUUGUUAGUGUGUAAUUGUCACACUUGCCCUCAUUUGAUGAUAA